UGAUGGUGAACCAAGUAGAUCUAAAGGUUGUGAUAAAGGCUGUGAUGGUAAAUCAAGUAGAUCUAAAGGUUAUGAUAAAGAUUAUGAUAAUGAAUUAAGUAGAGGUCAUGAUAGUAGUCAUAGUAGGGGCCAUAGUGAUGAAUCAAGUAGAGAUUAUAGUAAUAGUCACA